AUGGUAUUGAGGGAAACCAAAUGGGAGCUAGAGAGUGAAGAUGAUACUUGUGAAGAGGAAAAGAAUCAUGAAGCAUAUGGUGAUGAAGAAGUAGAGUAUGUUGAUGUUGGGGAGAUUGGUAGCAGUAAUAAUGUUGCUUCUACUAACUUAGUUGAGAAACUUAAUUUGCGCACCUUAGUGCAUCCUCAUCCUUAUAAAUUACAAUGGCUGAAUGAUGAUGGUGAUGUAAAAGUGACUAAGCAAGUAGUUAUUUCUUUCUCCAUAGGCAAGUAUAAAGAUGAAGUUAUGUGUGACAUUGUGCCUAUGAAUGCUCGCCAUUUGCUAUUAGGGAGGCCAUGGCAAUUUGACAAAAGUGUUGUAUAUAAUGGUUUUAAAAAUAUUUAUUCUUUCAUGAAGGAUGGGAAAAGAAUUGUAUUAGCCCUUGUUAGUCCCCAACAAAUAGAUCAAGAGCAAAUGGUUAGUAAGAAAGAAAAAGAGAGUUUGUUCCUUAACAAGGGGGAUGUUUUGAAGGCUAUCACUAACCAUGAUUUUGUUUUUAUGCUAUUUGUUAAAGAAUUGCUAAAAUCUAACCACAUUGUAGUUCCUUCCAUGGUGGCUAAACUACUUAAGGAAUUUGGAAACGUUUUUCUUAAAGAGAUACCAAAGGGACUACCUCCCCUUUGUAGCAUCGAGCAACAAGUUAAUUUAAUUCCUGGAGUAGCAUUACCAAAUAGACCAGCUUACAGAAGCAACCCUGAAGAGGCAAAAGAGUUGCAUAAGCAAGUCAUAGAGCUGUUAAAAAAUGGCUAUGUUCAUGAAUCCAUGAGCUCAUGUUCUGUUCCAGCUUAA